AUGGAAAGUAAUCGUGGUGGAAAGAAUAAAAUCUGUCUCGAAUUUGCAUUCACGUAUGGAGUAGCUCUCGACAAACGAAGACAAAUCAAGAAAUGGAAUCUGCCCACUGGGAAGGAAGUCACGCGAACCACACGGGAGGACGAAGGGACGACCGCCGACCCGCCGCGAACGCCCUUCACCGCGACUGCUGACCCCGUCGUGGUCGAGGCCGUGGCCGCGGCCUCCGGCACUGGAGUCAUCGCCGGGACGACAUGGCGCCACCGCGGCGAGCAGCCAAGGGACGGAGCUGCAGCAGAUGAGCGAGCACAGCAGGACCAGGGCGGGCCCGCCCGCCGCGCUGCUCGAGUCGCUGGCCCUCGGCGCCGUGAAGACGCGCUCCUCCACGCCGCCGCUCAGCACCGUGACGAUGCGCUCCUCCUCGCCUGCUUCACCUCCUUCAGCGUCACCGUAGAUGGUUUCAUCGAGUUCAGAUGCUGGUAG